AUGCCAGGUCCUUUAGAAUUCUGUUUAACAUGUGAAACGAUGGGCCAUGGUAGAUGCAUAAGAAAUAGUACAUUUUGCCAAUGUCAUCAAGGAUAUACUGGACCGCUAUGUACAGUGGAAUCAGAUGAAUUUUUGUCAACUACUACUAUGGUUAUAGAUUACCAGAGAAGCGAUCCACCUAUUAUCAAUACGACUGCUAUUGUAGCUGCUAUUCUUGGUGGCUUUCUAUUAAUGAUGAUGGUUGGUGUAUUAAUAUUCUGCUUUUUGAGGCGAAAGGACCAAACGAAGCAAUUAUUGACAUCUUCAUCCUCAAUUCCAACUGAUCCAAUACCUGCACUAUACAAUAUUCCACUAUCGCAACGAAACUCUGUUACUUCGGCAAAGACAUAUCAUAUAUAUGAAUAUUUGCGUUGA